AUGGGCUUUCCAAUUCCAGCAGACAAGAUUGAGACUCGCCAUUACAUCAAUGGCGAGUUCGCAGCAUCCUCCGACAAAGCUACCUUCGAGCUGAAAUCGCCAUACUCGCAUGAGAAGAUUGCCGAUAUCAGCGAGGCUUCAGUGGAUGACACGAACCGCGCUGUUGCGGCUGCGAAGGCUGCAUUUCCAGCAUGGGCGGCAAAGAGUCCAGCAGAACGUGGCGCGCUGAUGAAGGCUCUGGCUGGAAAGAUGAGACCUCUUCACGAUGAGCUUGCACAGCUGAACGCUAUGGACAUGGGCAGACCCGUGUCUACCUAUUUCGAUGGCUACUACGCAGCAAGUUUAUUUGAGCACUACGCGGAGGCUGGAUACGAAGCCAAAGGCACUACAUCACUCAACACUCCUGGCUUCGUGAACAUGACCUUUCGCCAGCCUAUCGGUCCAGUCGCUGCCAUCAUCCCAUGGAACAUCCCAACCCUGUCUUUCGCCAUGAAGAUCGCACCAGCGCUUGGUGCGGGCUGCACCAUUGUGCUCAAGACGAGCGAGAAGGCACCCUUGACGCCAGCUAGACUAGCUCAUGCAGUCCACGAAUGUGGCUUCCCUCCUGGAGUUAUCAACAUCCUCUCCGGCCAUGGCACACCAUCAGGGGCCACACUUGCCAGCCACAUGGAUAUUCGAAUGGUAAACUUUACCGGAUCCACCUUCACCGGCCGCAAGAUUCAAGCUGCCGCCGCAUCCAGCAACUUGAAGAAAGUAGUCUUGGAGCUUGGUGGCAAGUCACCGGCCCUCGUCUUCGAGGAUGCAGACCUCAAGAAAGCCGCAGCCGACACCGCGGGAUCUAUGCACAUGCUCAUGGGCCAGGCUUGCGUGGCGAACAGCCGUGUUUACGUUCAGGAAUCCGUCGCGGAGAAGUUCAAGGAGGCAUUUAUUGCCAACUUCGCUUCACCGAAGAAGGGUGAUCCUCUCGAUCCUGAGACGCAGCAGGGGCCACAGGCCGAUGGACUCCAGCAUGAGCGUAUCAAGUCCUACCUCCAAGCGGCGUCUGAGGGUAAGGGUAAGCUAGAGACUGGUGGCAAGGCUACGCAGCAUGAUGGCAAGGGGUACUUCAUUGAGCCGACGAUGUACUCCAACGUCGAUGAAAAUGAGAAGACGCAGAAGGAGGAGGUCUUCGGGCCUUUCGUCAACAUCAACACUUUCAAGACUGAAGCCGAAGCGCUUGAAAAGGCCAAUGCGACAGAAUAUGGGCUGUACUUCUCGGUCUACACCAAGGAUAUCAACAGGGCAAUGCGCGUGGCGAAGGCAGCGGAGUCAGGUACCGUGGCAGUCAAUUGCACGAGUCCGUCGAUGGCUAUGGACACUCCCUUCGGAGGCUACAAAGGUAGCGGGCAAGGGAGAUAG